UUUCCAGAAUUUCCCAGCCAUAGCUAACGAGCUAUUGAUACCUGCGCUACAUAGGCACAUCAGUAAAAGAACACUUCCAUUCGGCUAUCUUACAUCGCAGAGCUUACUGCCCGCCACUAGCAUACAACUAAUAUCAGUAUCUAAUUCGACAAUAUCUGCUGUUUUGUCCGACCACUUCCCUAUCUUCUGCCAUCCUCAGCAGUCUCAUCUAUCUCAUUAUUCCCAAUCGCAUUAUAUAGAGAGCCAUGACUCAAUCGUCCAGCUCGUCAGCUAAAGAAGGAUCCCAGAUAAUAGGCGAAAAGGAGCCGUCGUCUUCUUCAAACAACAAUGUAUCCAAAAAUUCUAGCCUUAAUAAGGGAUCACCUCCUCCGACAGCUCAAAUAAGGAGCUGUCCCCGCGAUUUGCUCUCAGCUCGUCCUCCUUCGUUGAGAGCCAGAUUCGAACGCUUCCUCUAUAACAGAGGCUUGGGGGACCGUCCAGACUAUCUUCAAGACAUCUACAACAAUAUUCCAAGAAAGGUGUACGUCAACUACCCACUACCAGACGAUAUGAAAGACGACCAUGGCCAUCCCAUAAUAGACUACCCCCGUAACAAAAUCAGAACCACCAAGUACACACCCUUAUCUUUCUUGCCCAAGAACAUCCUUUUCCAGUUUACAAAUGUGGCCAACUUUUAUUUCCUUGUUUUAGUGAUCUUGGGGGCGUUUCAGAUCUUUGGUGUGGCCUCUCCCGGUCUCGCUGCUGUACCCUUGAUUGUCAUUGUAUCUAUCACUGCUCUAAAGGAUGCAUUUGAAGACUACAGAAGAGGCACGAGUGACUCAGACUUGAACAAUUCACCUAUUCACUUGCUCAACAAUUUGGAUAACCCCAACGUCUUGCGAAACUACGUAGGGCCCUGGAGACGAUUCAAGAAGGCAUGUUCCAGAGGAACGAGAAAGACCUUCAGAGGAAUCAAGUGGGCAUGGAUUAUGACGUUUUCAAAAAGAGAAGCGAAGAAGGAGUAUAUCAGGCAAGAAUCGCAAAACCAAGAAAAUGCUCUUCACAGAGUUUCUACCAUUGUCUCUGAAUACUCUUACCAUUCAGAAGUAGAAAACACCUCUACGAAUAGAGUGCGCAAGUCUCUCGCAUCAGGCCGAUCUGCUCACGCACCCUCUAUAGCCCAUGCCAAUUCCCUACUCAAUCCUGUUCUUCAGAAGGCCAAUGCCAACAAUACAACCCACGCCAACUUUAAGAACAGAAGAUGGAAGGAUGUAGGUGUAGGGGACAUCAUCAGAAUCAGAGCUAACGAAGAAGUACCUGCUGAUGUGGUGAUCUUGUCCACUUCCGAUGCGGAAGGCAAUUGUUACAUUGAAACAAAAAACUUGGACGGUGAAACCAACUUGAAAACAAAGAAUUGCUUACAUUGUGGAGGUGCUGAGAAUCUCAAGCAUUCUGACGAUUUGGGUGAUUCAAAAUUCUGGUUGGAAUGCGAUCCUCCAAAUCCAAGCUUGUAUACUUUCAAAGGUACCAUUCACUAUGAGAAUUACGAUGAGAACCAUGUUUUGGUUAACAUAGACGAGACGGAAGCUAUCAACAAUGACCAGGUCUUGCUUAGAGGCUGUACCUUGAGAAACACUAAGUGGGUUCUUGGUCUCGUAGUCUACACUGGUGCUGAAUCCAAGAUCAUGUUGAACUCGGGUAUAACACCUACCAAAAAGUCGCGUAUUUCUCGUCAGUUAAACUUAUCUGUUAUUAUCAACUUUGCCUUGUUGUUCAUCUUAUGUUUUAUAUCAGGUUUGGUUAACGGUUUGUUCUACACAAAGACCGAAGUUUCUCGUUUGUACUUUGAAAUGGAACCAUAUGGUAGUACGCCAGCUAUCAACGGUAUUCUUGCCUUCUUCGUUACUUUGAUUAUCUACCAGGCUUUGGUGCCCAUUUCCUUGUAUAUUUCGGUUGAAAUCAUCAAAACCUUGCAGGCUUUCUUUAUUUUCUCGGAUGUUAAGAUGUACUACGGCAAGUUAGAUUUCCCUUGUAUACCUAAGACUUGGAACAUCUCCGAUGAUUUGGGUCAAAUAGAAUACAUCUUCAGUGAUAAGACUGGUACUUUGACCCAAAAUGUUAUGGAGUUCAAGAAGUGUACUAUCAAUGGUAAGUCUUAUGGUUUAGCAUAUACUGAAGCUAAGCAAGGGUUAGACAAGAGAAACGGUGUUGACAUUGUAGUUGAAAGCGAUAAAUGGAAGAGGCGUAUAGCUAAGGACAAGGAAGCCAUGAUUCAGAACUUGGAGGGUUUCGCUGGCAACGAUCAGUUGAGAGAGAAUUUGGUGACUUUUGUAUCUAAUGACUAUGUCAAAGAUACGAUGUUAGUUCAAGAUCACAAUGAUCAACAAAAGUUGGCUAACGAAACGUUUAUGUUGGCAAUCGCACUUUGUCAUACUGUUGUAACUGAACAAGAUGAAGAAGACCCCGAAUUAAGAGACUUCAAGGCCGAGUCGCCCGAUGAAGCUGCCUUGGUCGCUGUAGCUCGUGAUUUGGGGAUUGUGUUCAAGGAAAGAUUGAGAAAGUCUUUGAUUCUCAAGAUAUACGGUGAUUCCCAGGAAUAUCAAUUGAUGGAUAUCAUUCCCUUUACAUCUGCAAGAAAAAGAAUGUCCUGCAUCAUCAAAACUCCACAGGGUAAGCUUCUUUUGAUUUGUAAGGGUGCUGACAAUGUCAUCUUCCUGAGAUUGGACCCAAAUAGAAACUCGGAUGAAGUGAUUUCUAAGACGGCUUUGCAUUUGGAAGAUUACGCCAAAGAGGGUUUGAGAACUUUGUGUAUUGCACAAAAGGAAUUGGAUCCUAAGAUGUACUACGAUUGGUCAAGUCGUUAUAAGGAAGCCUACGCUUCUAUUGAUGAUAGCCGUGAUCAGAUUAUCGAGCAAUUGGAUGAAGAGUUAGAACAAAACCUUACCUUAUUAGGUGGUACUGCUAUUGAAGACAGAUUGCAAGCAGGUGUACCAGAUUCGAUUUCGAUCUUGGGACAAGCCGGUAUCAAGUUGUGGGUUUUGACUGGUGACAGAAUUGAAACUGCCAUCAACAUUGGUUUCUCGUGUAAUUUGUUGGAGAACCAGAUGAAACUUCUAGUUGUAAGACCAGAAGAAAAUGAUUUGGACAAUGUUGAAUACGUAGAUUCCUUGAUAACCAGACAUUUACAGGAGAAUUUUGGUAUGCUUGCGGGUAAUGACACGCCACAAGAAGUAGAUCGUUUGAUUGCCGAAGCUAAGAAGGACCAUUCUGCACCUUCACCUAACUAUGCUGUUGUCAUUGAUGGUGCUGCCUUGAACUCUGUGUUCAAAGACUUGUCAGAACAUCCCAGUGAAUCUGUCAGGAAGUUGAAGCAGAAGUUCUUGUUAUUGGGAAAGAAGUGUAAGUCUGUAAUUUGUUGUCGUGUUUCUCCAUCACAGAAGGCUGAAGUCGUCAAAAUGGUGAAGUCCGAAUUGGAAGUUAUGACUUUGGCUAUUGGUGAUGGUGCCAACGAUGUAGCCAUGAUCCAGGCUUCUAAUGUAGGCGUGGGUAUUGCGGGUGAAGAAGGUAGACAAGCAGUUAUGUCCUCGGACUAUGCCAUUGGUCAGUUUAGAUUCUUGACAAGAUUGUUACUUGUUCACGGUAGAUGGUCAUACAAGAGAUUGGCUGAAAUGGUACCCUGUUUCUUCUACAAGAACGUGGUUUUCACAUUGACAUGUUUCUGGUUUGGUAUCUAUAACAACUUUGAUGGUUCGUACCUUUACGAGUACACAUUCUUGAUGUUCUACAACUUGGCAUUUACUUCCUUACCAGUUAUCUGUUUGGCUGUUUUAGAUCAAGAUGUCUCUGACACUGUUUCCUUGUUGGUUCCACAGUUGUACAGAAGUGGUAUCUUGAGUUUAGAAUGGUCGCAGUAUAAGUUUGCCUGGUACAUGUUUGACGGCCUCUAUCAGUCUGUUGUGUCUUUCUUCUUCCCCUACUUGUUGUUCUACGUAAGUUUCCAGAAUCCCCAAGGCUUAACUAUUGAUCACAGAUUUUGGAUGGGUGUAGUCUGUGUCGUCAUUUCUGUCACCGCCUGUAACGUAUAUGUGUUGUUGCAACAGUAUAGAUGGGAUUGGUUGACGUUGUUGAUCGAUGCUUUAUCUGUUUUGGUUGUGUUCUUCUGGACUGGUGUCUGGAGUGCUCGUGUAUUUGCUGGUGAAUUCUACAAGGCCGGUUCUCAAGUGCUUGGAACAUUAGGUUGUUGGUGUUGUAUGUUCAUUGGUGUAGUCGUUUGUCUUAUUCCAAGAUUCACCUACGAUUUUUUGAAGAGAAACUUUACACCAAGAGACAUCGAUAUCAUCAGAGAAAGAGCUCGUGCCGGAGAAUACGACGAUUAUCCUCAAGGUUACGAUCCAACUGACCUUGAAGAUAUCGAGAGACGCAGAUUGAUCACCGAGCUUAUGGAAAAGGACCCAUCGCUUUUGGAGAAGUUGGAAGAACAAAAUCUCGUAGAACAUCCCGAGUACGUGGAAGAGCCAUCACAUAACCCAAUCACGAAGACAUUCGGUACCAUCAAGAGAGCAGCCACCAUCAACAGAUCUAGAAAAAACACUAUCAAUGCAAGAAGCAGAAGACAGACGAUCAACGAUCAGUUCAGAAAACCUAUCGAUAUCAACCAAUUGAGGCAACAGAUGAUCAACAGUGGUGAAUAUCACACAUCUAGAAACUCUUUGGAAAGAAUCAACACCACUCAAGAACUUCCUGGUUUGACCCAGGCAGAGACUUUAUUGUCCUAUCACCACAGAAAUAGCAUAAAUUUUACACGCUAA